AGUGCAACAAAACAAGAGGUCUUAAAUGAAAUGCAGACACUGUUAUCCAUCCAAUUUCUCGUCUUCCUCGUAACAAAGAAGAAACUAUGGCUAUGGCUACAGCCGCAGCAUCUGGAUUCUUGUUAGGAAACACUUGUUCCAACAUUUGUUUCCGCAAGUCACAAUUCCGAAAGUCGUCUCCUUCAAAGACCAGUGCGGUUUCUGAGCUAGGGUUUGUUACUUCUCAAUUGAGUGGCGUUAGAAUUUCCUACAACCUAACUCAGGAUCCAAAGCUCGUCUCCUCUCCUUCCAUUCCUGCUUUUCAACCUGUUGUUGCCCGUAGAGUGUGUCCCUUUACUGGGAAGAAAGCAAACAAGGCAAACAAAGUUUCCUUUUCAAACCACAAGACAAAGAAGUUGCAGUUUGUGAACCUGCAGUAUAAGAAGAUUUGGUGGGAAGCUGGUAAGCGGUAUGUCAAACUGAGGUUGUCCACUAAGGCAUUGAAGACUAUAGAGAAGAAUGGACUGGAUGCCGUUGCUAAGAAGGCUGGCAUAGAUCUUAGCAAGGAGUAAAAAAUUUGUGCCAAUUAUUCCUUGGAAUUCUAUUUCUUUGAGUUCUUCCAUUGGUCUGUGGAAUUUUUUACUGUAAUAUUCCCUUGGAUCAACGUGCAAGUGUUGUGAAUUCACUUUUCUCAUAUGAUAUCAUGGAGCUUUUGAUCUA